AUGCCAGGUCGUACGAUUCCUGCCCAAGAUGCCUCGAACGAAGCCCAGCCCAAGCCAGCCAAAACACCAGGCAGUCCGACGAAGAGGAAAGAGGAUCAAGCAACCAACAUGACGGAGCUGAAAGAUUAUCAGUUGGGGGACUGUAUCGGCAAAGGCGCUUUCGGCUCGGUAUACCGUGCACUGAACUGGAGCACGGGAGAAACAGUUGCAAUCAAACAGAUCAAGCUGGCUGAUCUGCCCAAAAGCGAGCUUCGCAUGAUCAUGCUCGAGAUCGACGUGUUGAAGAACCUCGACCACGCGAACAUUGUAAAGUACCAUGGCUCGGUCAAGACACCGGAUACACUGAACAUCAUACUCGAGUACUGUGAGAAUGGGUCCCUCAAUUCCAUCACUAAGAACUUUGGCCGCUUUCCCGAGAACCUUGUCGCUGUGUAUAUGGCUCAGGUGCUACAAGGUCUCGUCUAUCUUCACGAGCAAGGUGUCAUGCACCGAGACAUCAAGGGAGCCAACAUCUUGACUACAAAGCAAGGCCUAGUCAAGUUGGCUGACUUUGGCGUUGCAAGCACAACCGCGGGACUUAACGAGUCCAGCGUUGUCGGCACGCCAUACUGGAUGGCACCAGAGGUCAUUGAGCUAGCAGGAGCGACUACAAAGUCCGACAUAUGGAGCGUUGGCUGUACAGUUAUUGAGCUGCUCGACGGUCGCCCGCCAUAUCAUCAACUACAGGCCAUGCCAGCUCUCUUUCGCAUUGUCAACGACGAUCAUCCGCCUCUGCCACAAGGUGCCUCGCCACUAGUCAUAGACUUCCUCAUGCAGUGCUUCCAGAAGGACCCUAACCUGCGAGUGACCGCUAGGAAAUUGUUGAAGCAUCCAUUCAUCAUGAGUGCCAAAAAGGCUGAAUCUGUCGUCUCGAAGAACGUCACAGACUACACGGAAGCGGUCAAAAGCGUCCAGGAGUGGAAUGAGGCUCUGAAAGAUUCUCCGGAAGGCGGCCUGCACCGGAAAAACUCGCGUGCCUCAGCAGGUAGUCCUCUUCCGAUGCCAUCAAAGACCGCCACAAAGGGUCAAGGCAACGGAACAAGGACGCCUGCGGAUAGGUUCCGAGCACUUGAGGACUCGAACGAUGAUGUCUGGGAUAACGACUUUCCUACGGCAAUCACCUCAAAUCCCCUCAAGUUCCCACAAUUGCGUCAAAAGGAUCAACCGGGCACCCAGACACGGACAGAGAUGACUACUCCAGGUGCAGGAGUCUCAUCAGUGGGUAGGGACAACGACGCCGAGGACAAAGAUAGCACGCUACGAGCUGUCAAGAGUAAACCUAGCUCUCAAUCGAUGGCGCCGCCUGCAUCCACGGCUCGGCGUCCAGCAUCUCCAACGAAGACGCCAGCCAGAGGACACGCUAGGCACAAGUCAGAAGUUCCCAAACAAGCUACAGAAUUGGCUAAAAGCAAAGCGACCCCUGCGAAGCCAGCAGUAGAGCUGCAGCCAACGAGAUUGUUCCGCGAGAACUCGGUAGAAGACUUCUCUGAUCUGAUUGAAGCCAAUGAAGGGUCACUUGACAAGAAGUUGAGCCGAAUGAAGCUGAAUGACGAUGGUCCGUCCAAGAUACUGGAGUCGCCAACAGUGACCGACCUUAUGCAAAGUAUGAAGCCUCCUGUGAAGCCCGGUGGCAGCCUCAAACGGCCACCAGCGCCACGAGGGCGCAUCUCCAUGCGAAGGACCCGCUCGUCAAUCGAGAUCCAGCGAUAUGCUGAGAACGAGGAUGAUGAGGACUUCUCCGACGUGUUCUCCCAGCCCAGCGCUGUCGCAAAGCGGUCAGAUAGUGGAGAGUCGAAUGAGCUUAUGCUGUCUUCGAAAAUUUCGAAUCUGUCCUGGCUACCAGACGACGAAGAAUCAGAUGAAGAUGAUCCCUUUGCUGAGCUGGAAGAAGGACUGCCCGAGGUUGAUCUCGAAUCGAACAUCGCGCGUGACAAGCAAGCACGUCUGCGAGCUGAUGUUGAGAUGUUGGUCGGCCAGCUCAAAGUCUCACAGGAUGAUGAUGCGCUCCUGCACAUCUCUGAAGAGCUGAUGAACUGCUUUAGUCUCUUCUCGGAGACGAAAAGUAUAAUCAUUAGCGCUCACGGCGUUUUGCCGAUGCUUGAGAUCCUCGAAGACUGCAAGCGAUUAGACGUCGUGUUGAAUCUGCUUAAGAUCAUCAACGCCAUAAUACACAACGACGAAGAAGUGCAGGAGAAUGUUUGUUUCGUUGGCGGUAUUCCGAAGAUCAACAAGUUCGCUUCGAACAAAUUUCCUAAAGAGAUCCGCCUGGAAGCUGCCGCUUUUGUUCGCCAGAUGUAUCAAACGUCGACUCUGAUCCUUCAGAUGUUCGUCAGCGCCGGUGGUUUGACUGUGCUGGUUGACUUCCUCGAAGACGACUACGACGACGAUCGAGAGCUCGUACUGAUAGGCGUUAAUGGCAUAUGGAGUGUCUUUGAGCUACAAGCUCCACGCCACGGAACGACUUCUGCCGGAUUCUUUCGAGGAAUUCUGUUCUCGAACCGCGAACAACAGGAGCUCGCUGAGCUGUGCGAAGGGCGCAUCGCAAGUAUUUUCUUCAUCUUCUCUCAGGCAGAGAAUUAUGUCAAAGAGCUUGUGGCGAAGCGGACAAUCUUGUACCGGGUUAUGAAAGCCAUCAAGCGGAUGUCGCCGACGCACCAGAUCACCAUGCUAAAAUUCACCAAGAACCUCUCGAUGCUGUCCACCACUCUGGAAGCUCUCCAUAAUUCAAAUGCGAUCGACGUCCUCACCGACCUGCUCACUAAUGGUGUUGAUGGGCCUCAUGCACGCGAAAUGUCGAAUCAGAUCCUAAGCACGGUCUACAACCUGUGUCGUCUUUCUAAGGGCAGGCAAGAGGAUGCAGCACUAGCAGGUAUCAUACCUGUCCUCAUGAGGAUCGUAAAGCAAGACAAGACUCCUGUCAAAGAAUUUGCCCUGCCGAUACUGUGUGAUAUGGCUCAUUCCACAAGAGCUGCACGAAGAGAGCUCUGGCAGAAUAAAGGUCUGGUGUUCUACAUAUCGCUACUUUCGGACCCCUACUGGCAAGUGACGGCACUCGACGCCAUCUUCGCCUGGUUGCAGGAGGAGACAUCGAAGGUGGAAGAUCAUCUUCUGGAGAACCAGAAGUUCACGACCGCAAUUAUCACCUCAUUAACGAGCAGCAAGUCAACCUCGUUCGAAAAUCUCCUUGAACCCCUACAGAAGUUGCUUCGACUGUCACCAGCCCUUGCAGCGUCUGUGGCCCAAAGUCAGCAGCUCUGGAACAUAAUACAGCAGAAGAUGAGUCACAACAAGCCUGCAAUCCGUCUCAACUUGCUCCGAAUCAUCGGCAGUGUUUGCGACGCCUCGAUCGACGGUAUCUCCAUCCUAGACCAAUGCGGUCUGUACGAUCUGAUCGAACAACUCCAAUACUCCGACCCAGCCAUACUUGUCCGCAGCAUGGCAGGCGAGCUCUUGCGGAGCUGGGAAGACAACGACACGGCUUCUAUUCACAGCGGGCAUGCUGGCAGUAACAACCAAGCCAGCGCACCUGGCCGCAAACAUCCAGGACUGAUGCGACGAACCAGUUCCGGAGCCACACCACCGCACUUGCUUGAAAGGCAGAUGUCCAUGCCUACUUCACCACAGCUGGGACGUGCGGAGCGCGCCUCAAUGAGCACCUUCUAUGACCAGCCGCCACCAACCGCGAUCUCUACACCCCGCCGGAGGCAGAACGGUGUCUCGUAUCUCAGCGGCGCAAGCGGCGUACGCCCUGUCAGCCGUGACGGCAGCGCAGCAAGCUACAUCCGCGACGGCUCGCCAGCCUAUGGCGUCGGCAGCAACAUGCCUGUGCUGCAACGAGCACAGACGUCGGGUGUCGCGUCAGAGAUGACGGUCAACAAGCCUCGGCUGCCCCGGCAGAACAGCACGAUAGGUGCGCCGAGCCGACUUAGUCGGCAGUCGACGCGUGACUCUUUGAUCAAUGCAAGUAGGGACAGCGGGUCGAGCACGCCUGUCACGCUGACGCCAGUGAGUGAGGCACGCGAAAGAAGGCGAGAAGCAAGAGGUGCUGCUGCAGCCAGCGUCGCUGCUUCGAGAGCUGGUGGUGGUGCUGCGGGACAGCACAGUAGCCAUGGCCAACACCAGCAAUCCUCGUCCUCGGCAUCCUCGACCCACACCAACGGCACGGGAUCGAACGGGACGACCGCAACCAAGCCUGUGGAAGUCACCAUCGCAAGAAGGAAUACCGCCAGACGUGUAGUGGGCGACCAGGAUAGUAGGGAUCGGUGGUCAUAG